CACCAGGAGAACCAGCAACCACCAGCACCACGUGCCACAGCCACCAAGCUGGCAACCACAAGCUAUCGGCUGGUUGUGGCGCCGGCUGGCAGCCAAAGGAGUGCGGGCAAUGUGGUCGUCAGCAGCGUCAGCGGUGGCGCCACCGUCACGGGCAACACAAUUGUUACCACUGGCAAUGGCAGCAAUAGCUCCGGCAGCGGCGGCCUGAAUGUGACCACAAUCACAACCACCAGCAAUAGCUCGCAGGCCCAGUCGUCGUCCGGCGGCCAGAGCAAUGGCACCACCUACAAAAUCGAGAUGCUCGACGAUGAUAUGCAGAGUCUGCCGACAGAUGACGAGGACGAUGAUUUGAUUAGCAGCGAGGGCAGCUUAUAUGAUGGCGAUCUCAAUACAUUGGGCAACGACGAUGUGGCGCUUCAGCUGGCGGCUGCUGGUCCGGUGGGCGUGGCGGCGGCCGCCGCCAUUGCCAGCUCAAAGAAGCGCAAGCGUCCGCACUGCUUCGAAACGAAUCCAUCGGUGCGCAAGCGCCAACAGAAUCGUCUGCUGCGCAAGCUGCGCGGCAUCAUCUACGAGUUCACGGGCCGCGUGGGCAAGCAGGCGGUGGUGCUGGUGGCGACGCCGGGCAAGCCGAACACCAGCUACAAGGUGUUCGGAGCCAAGCCGCUGGAGGAUGUGCUGCGCAAUCUGAAGAACAUUGUGAUGGAUGAGCUGGAUAAUGCGUUGGCCCAGCAGGCGCCGCCGCCGCCGCAAGAGGAUCCGUCGCUGUUCGAGCUGCCCGGCUUGGUAAUCGACGGCAUACCGACGCCCGUGGAGAAGAUGACGCAGGCGCAGCUGCGCGCAUUCAUACCGCUCAUGCUCAAGUAUUCGACGGGACGUGGCAAGCCGGGCUGGGGCAGAGAGUCGACACGGCCGCCGUGGUGGCCCAAGGAGCUGCCUUGGGCGAAUGUGCGCAUGGAUGCCCGCUCGGAGGAUGACAAGCAGAAGAUCAGCUGGACCCAUGCGCUGCGCAAGAUUGUGAUCAAUUGCUAUAAAUAUCAUGGACGCGAGGAUCUGCUGCCGACAUUCGCCGAUGACGAGGACAAGGUGAACGCGCUCAUCUCGCAGUCCGGCGACGAGGACGAGGACAUGGAGCAGCUAUCCAAUACGCCCACCAUACAAACGGUGCAAACGGUGACGCCGGCCACCAACCAAACCACCAGCCAACAACUGCAGCCACAGCAGGUGAACGUGGUGAAGAUCAACAGCGCUGGCACAGUGAUCACAACGCACACAGCCCAAUCGAAUACGCCAGCUCCAACGAUCAUACAAAGCACGAACAAUCAGCAUGUGACCACAACAGCCACAUUGCCAGCAUCGACUAAGAUCGAGAUAUGCCAGGCGCCAGCGCCACAGCAGCAGCAACAGCAACAUCAUCAUCAUCAGCAGCACAACAACAAUACGACCACAGUGCACAUCCAAGCCGUCAGCCAGGCACAGCCACAAACAAUUCAGUUAACAACGGCGAGCGGCACGGCCACGGCGACGGCUGUGCCGACAACGGCGGCCGCUGUAAGUGCAUCCCAAGCGGCGGCAGCGGCACAGGCGGCUGCCGCAGCUGCACAGCAGCAGCAACAGCAGCAGCAGCAGCAGCAAUCGAAUGCAGCUCAGACCGUAACCGCCCAACAGAUAGCCAAUGCCCAAGUUUGCAUCGAGCCCAUAACGCUGAGCGACGUUGAUUACACGACACAGACUGUUCUGUCGCAGAACGCCGAUGGCACCGUCUCUCUCAUACAGGUGGACCCCAACAAUCCGAUCAUAACGCUGCCCGAUGGCACAACAGCUCAGGUUCAAGGCGUGGCAACGCUGCAUCAAGGCGAAGGCGGCGCCACCAUACAAACGGUACAAAGUCUCGCCGAUGUGAAUGGUCAUGAUAAUAUGACCGUCGAUCUGACCGAGGCGCAGGAUGGUCAAAUCUUUAUUACCACCGAGGAUGGGCAGGGCUAUCCGGUGUCAGUGAGCAACGUUAUAUCGGUGCCCGUCUCCAUGUAUCAGUCGGUGAUGGCCAACAUGCAGCAGCUGCAGACGAAUAGCGAUGGCACCGUGUGCCUGGCCCCCAUGCAGGUAGAUAACAGCAACACAUCAAACAGCAACACCAACAACAACAACAAUAACGGUAGCGGCAGCGCAUCAACUGCUGCUGCGCCUACAUCGCUGCUAGGCAUCUCAGUGAUCAACGCGGGCGCCAUGCUAGGCCGUCGUCUCGCUGGCAGCGGCGCUGGCGUCGCAGCGGCAACGACAACGUCAAGUACCGGACAGCAGCCGGCGCUGACAUUGCAAGCGCCGCCUGGCACUCGCUUCUAUUGGGCCGCUAGUCCAGGCAGCGGCAGCGCCGGCAGCAGCAAUUUGAAUGCUGCCGCUAGCUUAAAUCUCAGCAAUAACAAUAACAAUAGCAUGCUUACUAACAAUAACAACAGUAGCGGCAGUAGCAGUAGCAAUAGCAAUAAUAACAUUAAAAUGACGUUGCCCAUAGUGCUGACGGCGCCAGCGACGUCGACUGCGCAGCGGCGUCAAGUACAAAACGCGUCACGACGCACAGCAGCGCAAAAACGACGCAAGCUGAACAACAGCGGUGGCGGCAGCAGCAGCAGCAGCAACAACAACAACAACAAUAACAACACCAGUAAACUAACUUUGCGCAAAAGCAAAACGAGCGAUAUAACGGUUCCUGGUGCUGCUGCUGCUGCUGCCGCUGAGGCGUCGACCAUACGCUGUGUGGACAGCGCCAGUCUGACAAAUGCAAGCGGCGGCGCAGCACUACAGGUGCAGCUGCCGCUGCCGGCUAAGACCAUUAAAUUAGAGCAUUUGGAGUAGUAGACUUUAAGCAGCCAUAUGCACAUACUUGCCACGCCCACGCCAACAUUCGCCUACUUCCAUCAAUUUUUAUGCUAGUUACCAUUGCACGUAUCAAAUCUAGUCAAACGGCGCUGCGUGCACACACACACACACACAAAUACAAACACAACACUUGCCAUUUUUACUUACAUUUUAACUAAUGCACACACACACACACACACACUGCUGUAUAUACAAUACACACACACACAUACACUUACAU